UGAGGGAGGCAGAGGUAAAAGAUGACAACACUGAAUGAAAAAUGAUUCAGAUCAACUUUAAUGUGCUAUUCUAUGAAGACAGUUUGUUAGUUUAUUUAUUUAUUCAUCAUUUAUUUAUGUAACCUUUAUUUCACUAGGCAAGUCAGUUAAGAACAAAUUCUUAUUUACAAAGACGGCCUACACCGGUCAAACCCGGACGACGCUGAGCCAACUGUGCGCUGCCCUAUGGGACUCCCAAUCACGGCCGGUUGUGAUACAGCCUGGAAUAUAGUUAGAACCAGGGUGUAGUGACUCCUCUACCACUGAGAUGCAGUGCCUCAGACCGCUGAACCAGGGUCUGUAGUGACUCCUCUAGCACUGAGAUGCAGUGCCUCAGACCGCUGAACCAGGGUCUGUAGUGACUCCUCACCACUGAGAUGCAGUGCCUCAGACCGCUGAACCAGGGUCUGUAGUGACUCCUCUACCACUGAGAUGCAGUACCUCAGACCGCUGAACCAGGGUCUGUAGUGACUCCUCACCACUGAGAUGCAGUACCUCAGACCGCUGAACCAGGGUCUGUAGUGACUCCUCACCACUGAGAUGCAGUGCCUCAGACCGCUGAACCAGGGUCUGUAGUGACUCCUCUACCACUGAGAUGCAGUACCUCAGACCGCUGAACCAGGGUCUGUAGUGACUCCUCACCACUGAGAUGCAGUACCUCAGACCGCUGAACCAGGGUCUGUAGUGACUCCUCACCACUGAGAUGCAGUACCUCAGACCGCUGAACCAGGGUCUGUAGUGACUCCUCUAGCACUGAGAUGCAGUACCUCAGACCGCUGAACCAGGGUCUGUAGUGACUCCUCACCACUGAGAUGCAGUACCUCAGACCGCUGAACCAGGGUCUGUAGUGACUCCUCACCACUGAGAUGCAGUACCUCAGACCGCUGAACCAGGGUCUGUAGUGACUCCUCACCACUGAGAUGCAGUACCUCAGACCGCUGAACCAGGGUCUGUAGUGACUCCUCACCACUGAGAUGCAGUACCUCAGACCGCUGAACCAGGGUCUGUAGUGACUCCUCACCACUGAGAUGCAGUACCUCAGACCGCUGAACCAGGGUCUGUAGUGACUCCUCUAGCACUGAGAUGCAGUGCCUCAGACCGCUCGGGAGCCCUGAGUUAAAGAGGUAAAUGUUAUAACUGGCACAGAAAUACGAACGCAUAGACGCCAAGAGUCUACUUGGCAGACAGGGACGAAGAAGAAAGAGAAGAACAUAUGAUAAAGAAGAUGUUAAAUGAGCUCUGAUGGAGGUUUAGUGUACAGCUGAACUACUCUGACAGAGAGUAGUACACUGCAGACUUGUCUUAGUAGUAGAUGUGUACUUUAGGGAGGGGUGGAGGGAUGGAGGGAGUCAUCGAGAGAGGAGAGAACGGGAGGAUGAGUUAUCAUCAGCGAGGAGGGGGAAAAGACAGGGAGGGAGGUGGAGGCAAGCAAUCUACGUUUAGGAGAGAGAGCGGCUGAGUAAAGUUUCUUACCCCGUUUCAACAUUUUUCUCGCGCACAGCUGGUCCUCAACACCAAUACAUUCGCGAGCAUCGCCAGCAGGAACUCAAGGUGUGGUCAUCAUGUUGGGGGUGUGUCUGUCCGUCCUAUUGCUCCUACCCCUGGCCUCGUUUAUCCCCUCCCCCUCCAGACCUCCCCCAAGAGGGAAUCCACUCUCUGUAUGCAGACGAUGCUGCGACCCCCUGCAGCCCCCAGAAUCCUCUGCUGCACGCCCUGCCAACCACGCCGCCGCCAUGCCAGAGGUCCACACCUACAUCAACAUGACCAUACUCAAAGGUGAUAAAGGCGACAGAGGAGAUAAAGGCAUGCCAGGGAAAAACGGUAAAGAAGGUCCCCAUGGUUACCGGGGUCCCAUGGGUCCUCAAGGGACUAAGGGCCAAGCGGGCGCCCCGGGAGAUGCCUGUAAGUCGCAGCACUCCUCCUUCUCUGUAGGGAGACGUAAAUCCCUCCACAGUAUAGACUACUACCAGGCCCUGGUGUUUGACACGGUGUUCGUCAACCUCUACGAGCACUUCAACAUGUUCAAAGGUAAAUUCUACUGCUUCGUCCCAGGUAUCUACUUCUUCAACGUGAACAUUCACACGUGGAACUUCAAGGAGACCUACCUCCACCUGAUGCACAACGACAAGGAGCAGGUGAUCCUGUACGCCCAGCCCAGUGAGAGGUCCAUCAUGCAGAGUCAGAGUGUUAUGAUGGACCUGGCGCUGAACGACGAGGUCUGGGUCAGGCUCUACAAGAGGGAGAGGGAGAACGCCGUCUAUAGUGAUGACGUGGAUGUCUAUAUUACCUUUAAUGGAUACCUGGUGGCGCCUAGUGUCCAGUGAUCAGGGUGGAGGAAGAGGGGGAGGAAACUGUGUUGGAUUUAGGUUGUUUUAUCAUGCCUAAAGUUCAGUGAUGAAAAAGGAGGAAAGAAGAGAGGGAACUUGCGCCGGUGUUGGAUUUUAGAUUUUGCUUGUGCCUAUAUUGCCUUCAGUGCUCACCAAAUUCAAAUGAAAUCUGGUUUGAUUUUGGUUGUCCCUUUGCAGUGCCUUCAGUGCUCACCAAAUGGAAACUCUGGGUUGAUUUUGAUUGUUCCUUUGUGGUGCUUUCAGUGCUCACCAAAUGUAAACUCUGUGUUAGAUUUUGUUUGUCCUUCCGUUGUGCCUAAAGCAGCCAAUGAUACAAAUGACCUGCACACACGUUUUCCUCUGCCUUACGAUGUAUUCCUCUCAGGUACUUUGAAUGGGGAGGGUUGUGGGCUGCAUCACUAUGCAGUGUUGUGUAGUCCCAGUCCCAGUGUUGUGUAGUCCUAGUCCCACCAAAAGACAUAUUUUCAAUGUCUUUUCAGUGUCUUUUCAACAUCUUUUGAUCAUAGGCUGGUUUUGGGACUAGACUUCAAUGGACCCUGCAUUGAACUGUUGCUAUGGUGACCUCGAGGAAAGCUUUAAAAGUGGAAAAGGAGAAAAUGCCAGCCAUAUCAAAUGAAAAUAUAGAGAUUGUUGAGUAAGUAAUGCAAGAUUGUAUUGAUAUAUAUAUUAAUAACUCAGUGUUAUGUGUUUUUAUAGAGAUUUACUUUCAGCUGCAGAGCAGCUUGUAACAUGUAAAUAUUUGUAUAGAUUUUUGUUACCUAAAACGUUUUGUCACUAGCCUGGGUGCCAGUUGGUCUUUGUUUUAGCUGAACUGUUAAGGUACUGUUGCUGAAUGCAGUUUGAAAAAGUUCUGCAUCCAGGCUGGGCUUACCCUAACCCCUCUACCACCAGAAACUGGAAAUACCUAAUUCCAUUGUAUCAAAACAACACAUACUGUAUCAGAAAAAUAUAAACCAAACAAUCAUUUGUAAAACCCAUUCAAACUAGAAGCCCAUUCUAAACCAGACCUUCUAGAACCAGUACUCCCCAUUGUCAGUUGAACAGGUGAAUUCUAUCUUUCACCUAGAGGUUAAAGGUCAAACCCUGACCUCCUGACCCCUGCCUAAUUCCCACCGUUAGAGUAUACAACCCCUCAUUACUGUCAAGAUUUGAAUAUGUCCUAGUAGUGCAAUACAUGGGGAAUAGGGUGCCAAAAGUAGUGCACUGUGUAGGGAAUAUAAGGUGUGUCCUAGUAUGUCAUAGUAGUGCACUGUGCAGGGAAUAUGAGGUGUGUCCUAGUAUGGCAUAGUAGUGCACUGUGUAGGGAAUAUAAGGCGUGUCCUAGUAUGUCAUAGUAGUGCACUGUGUAGGGAAUAUAAGGUGUGUCCUAGUAUGUCAUAGUAGUGCACUGUGUAGGGAAUAUAAGGCGUGUCCUAGUAUGUCAUAGUAGUGCACUACAUAGGGAAUAUAAGGCGUGUCCUAGUAUGUCAUAGUAGUGCACUGUGUAGGGAAUAUAAGGCGUGUCCCAGUAUGUCAUAGUAGUGCACUGUGUAGGGAAUAUAAGGUGUGUCCUAGUAUGUCAUAGUAGUGCACUGUGCAGGGAAUAUGAGGUGUGUCCUAGUAUGGCAUAGUAGUGCACUGUGUAGGGAAUAUAAGGCGUGUCCUAGUAUGUCAUAGUAGUGCACUGUGUAGGGAAUAUAAGGCGUGUCCUAGUAUGUCAUAGUAGUGCACUGUGUAGGGAAUAUAAGGUGUGUCCUAGUAUGUCAUAGUAGUGCACUGUGUAGGGAAUAUAAGGCGUGUCCUAGUAUGUCAUAGUAGUGCACUGUGUAGGGAAUAUAAGGCGUGUCCUAGUAUGUCAUAGUAGUGCACUGUGUAGGGAAUAUAAGGUGUGUCCUAGUAUGUCAUAGUAGUGCACUGUGUAGGGAAUAUAAGGCGUGUCCUAGUAUGUCAUAGUAGUGCACUGUGUAGGGAAUAUAAGGCGUGUCCUAGUAUGUCAUAGUAGUGCACUGUGUAGGGAAUAUAAGGCGUGUCCUAGUAUGUCAUAGUAGUGCACUGUGUAGGGAAUAUAAGGUGUGUCCUAGUAUGUCAUAGUAGUGCACUGUGUAGGGAAUAUAAGGCGUGUCCUAGUAUGUCAUAGUAGUGCACUACAUAGGGAAUAUAAGGUGUGUCCUAGUAUGUCAUAGUAGUGCACUGUGUAGGGAAUAUAAGGCGUGUCUUAGUAUGUCAUAGUAGUGCACUGUGUAGGGAAUAUAAGGCGUGUCCUAGUAUGUCAUAGUAGUGCACUACAUAGGGAAUAUAAGGUGUGUCCUAGUAUGUCAUAGUAGUGCACUGUGUAGGGAAUAUGGGUGCAGUCUGGGAUGAUCAGUUGUGUCUGACAGCUCCAAUGAAAAACCCAACUGAAAGCUGAAGAGAAGACAAACAUCAACAACAUGUGGUUUGGAUGGUGACGGUUGAAUUGGUUGCCAGAUGGACGACCAUAUCUCUAGUAUUACUGCUAAUUCCAUCCUCAGUCCACAGGGACUGGGGCUAAACUGGAGAUAGAGGAGAGACCAACUGGUGUAUUAGGCCAUGACUAGAUAGCUCUGUAGCCAAUUAGAAGAGGCUUUACUGGUGUAGUUCCCUAGGCAAUAGCUAUGUAGCCAAUUAGAAGAGGCUUUAGUGGUGCAAUUCCCUAGUCAAUAGCUCUGUAGCCAAUUAGAAGAGGCUUUAGUGGUGCAAUUCCCUAGUCAAUAGCUCUGUAGCCAAUUAGAAGAGGCUUUAGUGGUGUAAUUCCCUAGUCAAUAUCUCUGUAGCCAAUUAGAAGAGGCUUUAGUGGUGUAAUUCCCUAGUCAAUAGCUCUGUAGCCAAUUUAAUAGAGUACCAUAGUGAUGUACAUCCUAUGGCUGUUGUACUGUUAGUACCUAGUUCCUGAAUAUCACUCAAAACCAAGAGCAGAAGUUGACACAGUUGGUUUGCUGUACCCAGGAGGCAGAACAGCAUAAAGCCUUGUGGAUUGGGUUAUUAGUAUUUCCCCUGUGCCCCAAAACACAGCCAUUUAUAACCUCGUUCACACACUCGUUCUGUUUCCUACGAUCUCUACGAAUGCAGAUGCACUUUCAAGGAGUCCUCUGCGAGUUGUUGGUAGACGAGCUCGCUAAAACUAGCCUGGUCCCAGAUCAGUUUGUGCUGUUUGGCAUGACAAUGACCAUUGCAAGACAGUACAAACAGAUCUGGAACCAGGCUACAGUAAAAGGGAAAAGCAGCAGAACUCAUGUUCCUUCCUAGAUGCAUUUUAUUAGUCCUAUUAGACGGUUGUGUAGUUCUCUUGUAUUUAGCAGCACUUAGAGCCUUUUACAGCAUCAUUAAAGACAUGGACCCAGUUCAUAACAGGAACUACUCUAUCUGAGCUAAACAGUAAAGUAGCUUUGAAUCGCCCCACUAUCCGAUAAACGCCAUGCUCUAUAAAAUGAGCCAUAAAGUAAGUUGUAGUGUUAUGUUACCUGUGAAAUAGUGUUGAUAAAACUCCUGCAGUUACUGCUGUUAGAGUUCAAGGUUUAGAUGGGAGGGCGGCUGGGAGGAGUUGGUAUGACAGGUUAUGACGUAUGUUAUAUCAUGCUCAUGGCAUGUUUACAAGACAGGUUUCUGGAGAAGGGUUCAAGCAGAGUGUUAGCGAGAGUUGUCAAUGACAUCAAUGACGUCCGAUUUCCCCCUGCGUCAAAGUAAGUCACAGCUUUCUCUCUAACACCCUCGCUAUCUCUCUCUCUCCUCUCUCUCUCCUCUCCCUCUCUCUCCUCUCUCCCUCUCUCCUCUCCCUCUCUCUCCUCUCUCCCUCUUGGUCUCUCUCCUCUCUCCCUCUCUCUUGCUCUUCCUCUCCCUCUGUUGCUCUCUCUCUCCAUCUCUGUCUCUCUCUGUCUCUCUCUCCUUCUCCCUCAGUCCCUCUCUUGCUCUCUCUCCCCAUCUCUCUCUCUUUCAUCCUCUGGCCGUCCCUCUCUCUCUCAUCCUCCGUCCCUCACUCUCUCUCUCUCUCUCUCUCUUUGUCGGGGCUGUUUUUCUUUAAGUCAGUAACAGGAAGCUAAUGACAACCAGACCUCUGACUGACCGCACUACCCUGAGAGAAGGAAAGAGGGGGAGAAGAAGGAGACAGAGAGGGAGAGGAGAAUAGUAGAGAGGAAAGAAAACGGGGUAGAAGAAGAGAGAAUGAAGGAGGAUGAGAGAAAGGGAAAAAGGGUGAAUGGAAGAGAGAGAGAGCGAGAGGAUACUGAAUUCUCAUGAGAGAGAAGGAGAGAGGGAAAUAGAAAGGUAGAAAGGGUAAGGCAGAAAAUCUUUGAGAAUGUAUCCCAGAUGGGAGAGUGGGGUCACGACCCCUCAAGAUAGGACAUCUCGAAGAUCGGCCUUUUCUAGUGUAAACUAACUAAUGUAAACAUACAGUAGAGAACUGAGGAGGAGCUGCCGAGUCUCAUGUAAAUCAAUGUUGUUUUUCCUGUGGGAACAUUCUCUGGUCUAAAGUAAACCAGAUAUAUGUAAAUAUGUGGUAAUGAUCCUCCUUUCAGACACAGUGUAUUAGUAGGAGCGGCAUGAUAACAACGACUAACAGUAACAGCAGCACAUCUUAUUGUGUGGGAGGAGAACCUGGGGCUGUCUAAAGCUUCUCCCCCCUGAGGUUGAGGGGAGUGAAGCUUCCUUGGCUCUCCUUCUCUCUUUGUGUGUUUGGCAUGCCUGCACGUGUGUGUGUGUGUGUGUGUGUGUGUGUGUGUGUGUGUGUGUGUGUGUGUGUGUGUGUGUGUGUGUGUGUGUGUGUGUGUGUGUGUGUGUGUGUGUGUGUGUGUGUGUGUGUGUGUGUGUGUGUGUGUGUGUGAGGCUUUCUUGGCAGGCUUGUUGGAUGUAGGGAUUUUACCUACCGCGCUUAAGAGGCUGUUGCCAACACAAACACACACAGAGAGGGCCUGAAAGGAGAGAGAGAGAGAGAGAGAGAGAGUGAGAGAGAGAGAGAGAGAGACAGAGGGAGAGGGAGAGAGACACAGAGAGAGAGACAGAGAGAGAGAGAGAGACAGAGAGAGAGAGACAGAGAGAGAGAGACAGAGAGAGACAGAGAGAGAGAGAGAGAGACAGAGAGAGAGAGAGAGAGAGAGAGAGAGAGAGAGAGAGAGACAGAGAGAGAGAGAUAGAGAGAGAGAGCGGUUGAGUAAUGGUAUGCAUGUAUCAGGGACUUAAUCACACAGGGUCAAAGGCAGGGGGUAACACAGCACUGGUUUCUACCUCCAACCUAGCUGUAGUGUUUGUCUAUUUCCCUCACUGUGUUACACAGUAUAAACCAGUUACAGUUUGUUAAAGGGAAAGGCUGCCUACUCAGUGUAUCAGAAGGAUAGUUUGUAAAGCACAGCUGGCUGUUUUAAUGAAAGCACCAGUUGUCAGCGUUUCAGGAGUGAUACAGUUGCAGACAUACACAGACCUUUAACAAGUUUAUCCACUAUACUCUCUCUCUCUCUCUCUCUCUCUCUCUCUCUCUCUCUCUCUCUCUCUCUCUCACUCUCACACUCUCUCUCUCUCACUCUCUCACUCUCACUCUCUCACUCUCUCACUCUCACUCUCACAAUUCAAUUCAAGGGGCUUUAUUAGCAUGGGAGACAUGUUUACAUUGUCAAAGCAAGUAAAAUGCAUAAACAAAAGUGAAAUUAACAAUAAAAAGUGAACAGUAAAUAUUACACUCACAAAUUCCAAAAUAAUCUCUCUCUUUUUCUCAAUCCUCUCCCUCUUCUCUCUCUCUCCCUCUUCUCUCUCUCUCUCUCUGUUCCCUUGUAGAAGCUUUAAUAGAUAGAGUUACAGAGUGAUUUUUAGGGUGGCAGGUAGAGGUUAGAACGUUAGGCCGGUAACCAAAAGGUUGUUAGUUUGAAUCUGUUGAUCUGCCGUUGAGAGGCUCUCAACCCCUAAUUGCUCCAGGGUUGCCUCUAAUCAUGUCGGAUCCCUGUCUGUAACCCCACUGUCUGAGAGGGUCUCAACCCCAACCAUGUCAGAUCCCUGUCUGUAACCCCACUGUCUGAGAGGGUCUCAACCCCAACCAUGUCGGAUCCCUGUCUGUAACCCCACUGUCUGAGAGGGUCUCAACCCCAAUCAUGUCGGAUCCCUGUCUGUAACCCCACUGUCUGAGAGGGUCUCAACCCCAAUCAUGUCGGAUCCCUGUCUGUAACCCCACUGUCUGAGAGGGUCUCAACCCCAAUCAUGUCGGAUCCCUGUCUGUAACCCCACUGUCUGAGAGGGUCUCAGGAGGAGUGGAAUAAGUAAGAAACACAUUCCCACUGGCCACCACACUUGUACAUGUGUGAAACAGGACCAAUAUAAGCGCCCCCUAUUUGACAUAAUAUUACAUAGACUAUUCUACCUAAUGACUGGAUAAUGACUUGAAUUUGUGAUGUCAGCAGGGGGCUAGUUCAAGAGGAGACGUUGUUGCAUUGUCCUUCCUAAUGAUGAUUACGGAUAGGAUUGGGUGAGGGAAAACUGAUCCUAGAUCUGUACCUAAGGGCGACUUCUAUCUGGACUAAAACAGGGUCAUUAACAAGAGGGAGUCGAGGAGCUUCUUAAUGAAUUAUGGGUAAUUAGAAUAUAGGCACAAUUAGGAAUAUAACUAUUUCGAUUUUUGAUUGAUUGAUUGAUUGAUUGAUCAGACUAACGCUAGUAAACUUUUAUAAUCUCAAGGAAUGAUGUCAGUAAAUUGGUGCUUAAAAAAACUACAUCGAUGGGUGCUAAAUUGUAUGUUUAUAUGUACAUGUGCUAUUUGUCUUAUACAUGAAUACUAUUGAUGUUUAUAUUCUAUACAGUAUAUUCUAUACGUUUUUGUGUAUUAAAGACAUUUUUUGAAAGAG